CAUUUGACCAACUUUCACAAACACGGGCGCCGACAUCGAGCGUUUCGUGGCGGACAAAGGAGCCUGAGCGGGACGGUGGAGUAGUUUUUGUGUCCCUUCCUCCUGCUCCGGAGCGCAGGGAUCUGUGCUGUGCUGCGGCCGAGCUGAAUGAGAUUGAAGAAGAGUUCUUCUUGUUUUGUAGCUUCUGUUUCUCUGUUUUUACACAUUUUUUACUCCAACCAAACAUCAAAUCCGGCGGCCGGACAGAGCGGUGCGGGCAGGAGGCGGCCGUGCUCUUCGUACGCUGCUCUUUCACCGUGGAUCGGCUUCUUACACAGAUAUAUAUUUAAUUAAUCCAGAGGAGGACUGCUGCUGAGGCAGCACAGAGGGGUGGAGUCCAGUCCCACAGCCAGGUGCGGCACUUUAAUGCUUCAGUUGGAUGGUUUUCCUACUGGACACGCUGUUAAGGCUGAUCGAUCGGCUGACAGACUGACUGGAUCCAUGAUGGAAUUACAGACGUUACAGGAGGCUCUGAAGGUGGAGAUCCAGAUCCAUCAGAAACUGGUUGCUCAGAUGAAGCAGGAUCCUCAGAACGCAGAUCUGAAGAAGCAGCUGCACGAACUUCAGGCAAAGAUCACAGCGCUGAGCGAGAAACAGAAAAAGGUGGUGGAGCAGCUGAGGAAGGAGCUGCUGGUGAAGCAGGAGCCCGAGGCCAAGCUGCAGCUGCAGCUCCAAACUCCUCCAGCAGGGGGCGACAUCAAGCCGGCCAACCUGCUGCAGAGCCAGCAGAUAACUGGAGGACUGCAGCAGACGCUGACGGUGACGCCGGUCCUCACCACAAAGACUCUACCUCUGGUGCUGAAAGCUGCCGCCACGCCCGCCCUGCCCGGCGCCGUCCUGCCACAGCGCCCGCCCACGGUCACUAUGGUAACCACAGCUAUCACCAAACCCGACUUGCAGAACACCCCCAUCAACCUGCAGGUGGCCGGCAAGCUGACCAACCAGAGCUUGGAGCCCGUGCGGCUGGUGUCCAAGAACGCUAUGGUGGCCACCACCACCACCACCACCACCGCCUCCACCGCCCAGCCAAUCAAAGUUCCUCAGUUUGUCCCUCCUCCUAGACUGACGCCUCGGCCCACCUUUCAGCCACAGGUCAGGCCCAAACUGGCCACGCCCACCAACAUCCCCAUCGCCCCGGCCCCUCCCCCGCCCAUGAUGGCGGCCCCCCAGCUGUUCCAGAGGCCCGUCAUGUUGGCCACCAAGCUGUCGUCCGCGCUGCCCUCAGCGGCGCCCAUCCACCAGGUCCGCAUCGUGAACGGCCAGCCCUGCGGCAAGACGGGCUCCACCCCGCUCGCGGGCAUCGUCAUCACCACACCUGUCUCUGCCACGCCCACUCGCCUCGUCAGCCCCACCCAGAUACCCAACCCGAUUCCGGUGCAGCCCAUCCAGAUCAGCAGCCUGACCACUGAGCCCAAGCAGACUGUUAAAUCGGGAGGCGGAGCCGAGCAGAAGGUCGUGGUCAGCCUCCCGUCCUCCUCCUCCUCCUCCUCCACCACCACCACCACCACCUCCACUCCUCCGCUAUCUCCUGCUCCCAGACCCAAGAAGGAGGAGAACCCGGAGGUAAAACUAGCCUUCAUGGUGUCUCUGGGUCUCGUAACACACGACCACUUGGAGGAGAUUCAGAGCAAAAGGCAGGAGCGAAAGAGACGAACGACGGCCAACCCGGUGUACAGCGGAGCCGUGUUCGAACCCGAGAGGAAAAAGAGCGCAGUGAGUUACCUGAACAGCCCUCUGCACCAGGGCACCAGGAAGAGAGGUCGCCCACCCAAAUACAGCAGCGUCCCGGAGCUGGGCAGCCUCACCCCGGCCUCCCCCUCCAGCCCCGUCCAUCCCCUCCCCCUGCCCAGCCCCAGCUCUGGGGAUGGAGACAUCCAUGAGGAUUUCUGCACUGUGUGCAGACGCAGUGGCCAGUUGCUCAUGUGCGACACGUGUUCUCGUGUUUAUCACCUGGACUGCCUGGAUCCGCCCCUGAAAACCAUUCCUAAAGGCAUGUGGAUCUGUCCAAAAUGCCAAGAUCAGAUCCUGAAAAAAGAAGAAGCCAUUCCCUGGCCCGGAACCCUGGCUAUCGUUCAUUCCUAUAUCGCUUACAAAGAAGCUAAAGAAGAGGAGAAACAGAAGCUGAUGAAGUGGAGUUCAGAACUGAAACUGGAGCGAGAGCAGCUGGAGCAGAGAGUCAAACAGCUCAGCAACUCCAUAACAAAAUGCAUGGAGACCAAAAACACCACCCUGGCUCGUCAGAAGGAGAUGCAGCUUUCCCUGGACAAAGUCAAACACCUAAUUCGCCUCAUCCAAGCCUUCAAUUUUAACCAAGCUCUGGCAGAGACAGAAGGCAAAGACAUCAGUGCCAGGGUCCAGGACAGAGCUGAGAGUAUGCUCGGCUCUGAAGCCGAGAGAGAAGCCAACUCUGUGGAGAACACUAAGACUGAGAGCUCCUCAGCAAACAGCAACACUGAUGGAAAUGACAAACAAGAGCAGCAUGGAGUCACAGACACAGACGGCACCCAGACAAAGGCAGCAGCUGCAGCUGCAGGUGGAGGAGGAGGAGGAGGAGGAGGAGACACCAAUGACCAGCCUGUCCGGGAGGUCAGCACAGUCCUAGCAGCAGAUACUAGCCCCAGUGUAGGGGCAGCGGCCAAGGCUGGGUCUGGGGCAGGGGGAGGAUCUAACACAGGGACCGCACCGCAGUCGGAGGUCGUGACCAAGUCUGAGACCGCUUCGGUGGUUGAUGUUCCCACCACUUCAGCGGUCGCGGCUGUUGCCACCACCAACGGUACGGCCGAGUCGUCCUGCCCCGACCACAACCCCGCAGGAGAUCGCUCCAUCAACACCACCACCAACAACUCUGAGAACAAGAUGGCUGCUGUCAACCCUGCAGAGACAGCGGUGGAGAGGAAACAGGAGGAGAUCACUGACAGUGACGGCAGCAACACCAACAACAGCAAAACCUCAGAACCCUCCCAGCAUUCUUUGCCAGCUCUUGUCAGCAGUUUGGACAAUAAAAAGUAAUGCUAUGUCUCAUGAGUUGCGGGGAAUUGAAACAUAUAUAUUAAAAAAAAAAAGACUCUUGCUUGCACCUUAAGGUGCCCUGAAGUUGCCAAUCUGUAUAAAUGUUGUUUGUUUGCAUUGUA